UUUAGUGCCUUUGCAGUGCUCUUUUUAACUCAUAGAUAGUGAUCAACAUAUGACUUGUACAUCAUUUGUAUAUUUUUUUACUUUUGGUAAAUACAAGCAAGUUUUAAAAAAAAUUUAGAUUGAUUUGAUGCAUGUGCUUUUUGACAAAAAAACACCUUUGUUGGCGUUUUUGAAAUUUAAAAGGUGGCAACUAUAUGUUUAUGUGAGGUAUUUCUGAACAACAAGGAAAGAAGUACAAAGGUAAACCCAAACGUGAUAUAAUAAAAAUUUCAAGUGUCUAAAGCACAUUCAUAAACAAUUUUGCAGACGAAGAAGACGUGUUUAUAAUUUAAUAAUUAUUAAAAAAAAUAAUUUAAAUAUUAAGUACAUUCCAUGCCUUUCGAAUAGUGUUACAUCGGCUUUGCAAAUAUUUAUUAUAUGCAGUAAAAAUAUAGAUGCAAAUGAAGAAUAAUAGAUCAUUAUCGCCUGCAAAUGUGAAAAGUGAGUGUGGCUGUGAAGAGAACUUAUAACGGAAUUUUACUUUCGGCACAUCACUCAAACAAUUUUAUCUAAAUAUUAGAGAACUUACAACAUGACUUAGAUAUAUCGGACCAAAGCUUUCGGCUAACCACAUACGGUUUUUUUUAAUAAAUGCGAUAACUUCAUACCCAACUAACAAAUUUUUUCCUUUGGUGUAGAAAGUAAUGAGCCAAUAUUAAAAUAGGCGGAAUCGUAUAAUAAAAAGAUUAUAAACAACAAAAUUUUUUAAAUAUAAAUUAAUAAUAUAUUUGAGUGAAAUCAUUUAAUACGGGAAAUACCUAUUAAGCAUUACAAAAUGUCGAAGCCAAACCCAGUAGUGAAGUGUAUAGCGAGUGAUAACAAAAAUACAAAUAUUACAGACGAGAGUGGUACAAGUGUUUCAACCAUUUUAGCGGCUAACGUAGAUAAUAAACACAUUCCGGGGAAAAAUGAGUUUUUAGAAAACAUUGAUAUUGAGGAUCCAUCUCAAGGGACAGAUUCGGGCUUUUUGUCUGGUCCUCAAAGCUCUUUUCAAGAAGAGCAGGAGGGAGAAAAAUAUAGCUCCAAUGGAAACGAUGCAAACAACCUCAACAGAUCCAAAUCAAAUAUUAUUGCAAGAGAACGUCACGUCAAAAACAUUACCGGAAUUUCCCAACCACACGAUAAAAGUCAAGGGAAUAUAUUUGUUGUUGAUUCGGGUUGCAUAGAAGAAGAAGAAUACGAAGAGUUCAACGAUUCAGAUACCAAAUCGGACCGCGACUUAACUACCAAACAAACACUGCAUAGUAAACCACAGUCUGCAAUUGCUGCAACCAAGAAUUCGAAUUUAAGCGAAGAAAUGAGACUCAAACAUGAUGUAGAAAGUCAUAUAUCGGAAAGGUUUUGCAAUCUAAGUUUAGAAAGUGGAACUGCAAAUAAUUUAAAUGCUGCUGAUAGAAUUCCAACCGUGCAAUCGACAGCGACAUCAAAUAAAUCGUUAGGAUUGUCUCAACUGCCUGUAGGAGAACAAAUUUUUCAACAAAAUGAUGAUGGAGACACUUACCUUCAUUUGGCAUGCAUAUCUGGACAAGAUAGUUUAGUAGCUGCCCUUAUCCCACUAGCUAUGCAACAAUGGCUUCUGAACAUAAAAAAUGAUUAUGAACAAACCCCGCUGCACUUGGCAGCGCUUUAUAGCCAUAAAACCAUUAUGCGUAUGCUAUUACUUGCUGGCGCCGAGCCGAAUAUACGAGAUUGCGAUGGAAACACAGCAUUGCAUAUUGCUUGUGAAAACGGAGAUGAACAAAGUGUUACUGCUUUAACAACACCAUUUAGCGCCCUAGAAGUCAAUGCUGCAUAUCAACAAUAUGGAUACGCUCAGACUGCCGAGAUGGGUAAUCUUCAAAUACUAAGAUCUUUGGUGCAAUCUGGAGCGGAUAUCAAUGCCAGAGAAGGAAAAGGUGGAUACACACCACUACAUAUCUCGGUCGAAAGGAACAAUGAGGAACUAUUAAACUUCCUAUUACUUUAUUGCAAGCCCAAACUGAACUUGGAAGCAACUACUUUCGGACGACGAACUGCAUAUCAAUUGGCAUGCAUUUCGAAUAGAUCACAAAUGCAACUCAUUUUGGAAAAGCAUGGCGCAAAACAACUACCGCCGCCAGAUGAAGAUGAAAGCAGUGACGAUGAAAGCAGUGACGAUGAAUAAGAAUAAAUAACUGCCUUUUCUAUUCUUCCAAAAGUUCUAUGUUUUAAUAGAACAAUUAAAAUAAAAUAUAUUGACACCCAUACAAACAUACAUACAUGCAUUCAUACAUAUGUACAUAUAUACAUUGAUGUGAUCAUAGAAAUAUUAUUAGAGAAACAAAAAUCGAUUUAUCUUGUUCAAUAUAUGUAUGUAGUUAUUUUCUAGUCGAUUAAGAGGUAAUUUGAUAAUGCAAUGGGUGAUAGCGCGUUUUUGUAGGAGCGUUGAAACCAUUUGAUAAAAUGUGUCAAGUGGUUAAUGCUCACAACUUUAUUUUUUGAUUUGUGUUCUAUGAAGUGACCUUCUGAAUUAAAAUAUAUGAAAAAUAAAGACUAAUGCACUGAAACAAUAACUUUAAUACGACUCACAUUGGAUAUUUAUAACA